AUGGCGGCCGAGCAGCGAAAGCUGCUUGAGCAGCUGAUGGGCGACCAAUAUAUGGGAAUGGGCUCUUCGUCCUCCAAAUCCGCAAACCUUUCCCUCACUUCGCCCAACGUCUGCCGUUCAUACCUGGUCGGAACAUGCCCCCACGACCUCUUCACAAACACGAAGCAAGACCUGGGCCCGUGUCCCAAGGCCCACCCGGAGAACCUGAAGAUGGAAUAUGACGCUCUGCCUCCCGCAGAGAAACAAAAAUAUGGAUUUGAAUACGACUACAUGCGGGACAUGCAAAAAUACAUCGACGAUUGCAAUCGAAGGAUCGACCAGGCACAACGGCGGUUAGAGAAGACGCCAGAUGAGAUCCGGCAGACGAACAACCUCCUCAAACUGAUAUCAGAUCUCACAAAGACCAUCAACACGGGUCUCCUCGAGGUCAGUUGUCUCGCGGAAAUGGGGUCUGUGAGUCUGGCCUGCACGGAAUUCCACAAAGUCCGAACCGCAAAGAUAGCAAAAGAACAAGCCGAGCGGGACCUGAAGUCGUUGUCAGACACGUCGGGCCCAUCGGGCCACCAGAAAUUACAGGUCUGCGACGUCUGUGGCGCAUAUUUGUCCAGACUGGACAAUGACAGGCGACUGGCCGACCACUUCUACGGGAAAAUGCACCUGGGCUACGCGCAGAUGAGGCGGACGCACGAGGCGCUGCAGAAAGAAUUGAAAGGACGAGGCCCCCCGCCAGUAAGGCCGCAAGAAGAAAACACGAGCGGCAGUCCCACGGGGCCGAGAGGCUACGACGAUGGAGGAUAUGGUGAUGGGGGCGGAUGGGGCAGAGGUGGAGGUGGGGGAUACGGUCGGGGAGGUGGUGGCGGUGGUGGUUAUGGUAGAGGCGGCGGAGGAUAUCGCGGGCGAGGAAGGGGGCGGUGGUAG